GGCGUGUGCGAUGCUGUGGGUGAUGAUGGCGGUUAGCUUGAGCUUAUGGAACAGUAGAAAUAUCACUUCACACCCGAAUCAGUUCUCCAUAAACCCAGCUGACACUGGGACAGCCUUUAAGACUGUAAGCAGCUCCGGCCGCCAUGGGGAAAGAGAAGCUUCAUAUUAACAUCGUGGUGAUUGGCCACGUGGACUCUGGCAAGUCCACGACGACCGGCCAUCUCAUCUACAAGUGUGGCGGGAUCGAUAAGAGAACCAUCGAGAAGUUCGAGAAGGAAGCAGCGGAGAUGGGGAAGGGCUCUUUUAAGUACGCCUGGGUGCUGGACAAGCUGAAGGCAGAGAGGGAGCGUGGGAUUACCAUUGACAUCUCCCUGUGGAAGUUUGAGACCAGCAAGUACUAUGUGACCAUCAUCGAUGCCCCCGGUCACAGGGACUUCAUCAAAAACAUGAUCACUGGGACCUCCCAGGCAGACUGCGCCGUGCUGAUUGUGGCAGCUGGCGUUGGAGAAUUUGAGGCUGGUAUCUCCAAGAACGGGCAAACCCGCGAGCAUGCCCUCCUGGCCUACACGCUGGGGGUGAAGCAGCUCAUUGUGGGCAUCAACAAAAUGGACUCAACUGAGCCCAACUACAGUCAGAAACGCUAUGAGGAGAUUGUGAAGGAAGUGAGCACCUAUAUCAAGAAAAUCGGCUACAACCCUGACACCGUGGCCUUCGUGCCCAUCUCAGGCUGGAACGGGGACAACAUGCUAGAGGCUAGCCCAAACAUGACCUGGUUCAAGGGGUGGAAGAUCACCAGGAAGGAUGGCAACGCAUCUGGGAUCACACUGCUGGAGGCUCUAGAUGCCAUUCAGCCUCCUUCCCGUCCAACAGACAAACCCCUUCGUCUACCCCUGCAGGAUGUCUAUAAGAUUGGAGGUAUUGGAACAGUGCCAGUGGGCCGAGUGGAGACCGGCAUCCUAAAACCUGGCCUGGUGGUUACCUUUGCCCCGGUCAAUGUAACCACUGAAGUGAAGUCUGUGGAGAUGCACCACGAGGCCCUAACGGAGGCCAUGCCUGGAGAUAAUGUGGGCUUCAACGUCAAGAAUGUUUCUGUGAAGGACAUCCGCCGUGGCAACGUGGCUGGUGACAGCAAGAACGACCCGCCCCAGGAAGCGGCCAACUUCACCGCUCAGGUGAUCAUCCUUAAUCAUCCAGGCCAGAUUAGUGCUGGCUACGCCCCGGUGCUGGACUGCCACACUGCCCACAUUGCCUGCAAGUUCGCCGAGCUCAAAGAGAAGAUUGACCGCCGCUCUGGCAAGAAGCUAGAGGACAACCCAAAGUCUCUUAAGUCUGGAGAUGCUGCUAUCGUAGAUAUGAUCCCUGGCAAGCCCAUGUGUGUGGAGAGCUUCUCCGAGUACCCUCCACUGGGCCGUUUUGCGGUGCGUGACAUGCGUCAGACCGUGGCUGUCGGCGUGAUCAAGGGCGUGGAGAAGAAGGUUUCCACCACAGGCAAAAUCACCAAGUCUGCCCAGAAGGCCCAGAAGAACAAAUGAAUGUUGUGCUGUGCUGCCGACCCCAGGGUCUCCCAGGGCAGGACAUCGGUCAUCCAACCCCAUCCCAUGAUUGGCUGUGUCAACUCAAUAAUUAGAGACUGGUUGAUCGUCACAAUGCAUCGCAAAAGCAUCCGAAGGAAAGCACAAAUUCUUAGAUCCUUAGUUCUUGAGGCAGCAUUCUGUCUCCAUUUCAGUGGUUAACUUACAUCAUGUACAAUGUAAUAGCACAAAUAGUUUUAAAGGUGUACUGUUUAUUGGGUCUGUGACCAUGCCUCUCUUUGAUUGAGAUUUAUUGACCAAGGAGAGGAAUUGUGAUUUACAUCAUCCUUUUAGCUUUCUGGAGUACAGUUACUAGUCACUCUACAUGUUACCCAUUGUCUUGCUUUCAGUGUUUGUUUCGGAACUGCCCGAUGCUCAGUAGGAGCCUGUGGUUUAAAGUUAAUGCUAUGUUCCCGUUAGUAGUAAAUGAGUAGAACUUAGCGAUAUGUUGUGUUUUAAGCUUUAAAAAAGAAAACAAAGUCCAAAUUCGUCUUACUCUGGGUGAACUGAGUAGAACUACGAUUGACUCUUGAAGCACUUUGAUUGGCUUUUUGCUAACCUUGCACUUGCACUGGAAAACUUUAAAUUGGCAUAAGCUACUGCACCUUACUCCAAGAUGGCAUGAGCCACUUUGCGUCAUUAAACAUGUU